UUCAACUAGAUGUACUAUGUCAUUCGUAAUGCUUGAUUACCCUCCUGCAUGCUUAAAUCUACAUACACGUCUACCUGCAAUAAUGCAAAUGUCUACCCAAAUAAACAGGCAUGUAUACAAUGUAAACAACUUGAGAUUCUUUAAAUUGUCCACAUCAGACGUUAAGGUAUGGCUGGGAUUCCAGCUGGUAUACCUUCACAUAUUUACCGUUUAAAUACUAUUUAAAGUCGACGUGUAAGCAAACCCCAAAAAUCAACACUUGCUGUUGAAAUAGGUAUUUGUAUGGUGGCUGAAUUCCGCCAUAUAGCUCUGGCAUGUUAGUGGGUUUAAACGUAGUCAACACGACAGUUGGAUAGAACGGUACAGGGGCGACAAAUUUUACCAUUGUCAUAUUUGCCCCGUUUACGUCGUUCUUGUGAGCAUAUUAAUUCGUGUAUGCAGGUCUAAAAGUAACCAUUGCGACUAUACACCAGAACAACAAAUAUACCCGCUAGAACUUCAACGAGGGCGAUAAAUGACAUAUUGUAGUAUUGGUGCCCUAUUUGCCGAUCGGGCGGGUAUAUGUGUCUUUUUAGGUGUUUAUUUUGUUUUGUUUGCGGGUGUAAAAGUCGCCAAAACGACGAAUAUACCCAACGGAACGACAAAAAGGGCGACAUAUCUCAUAAUUUGUUGUAUUGUAGCCCUUUUUGUCGAUCUGGUGGUUAUAUUGUACCUAGGAAGCUAAGUUUUACACAAUGAGAGAGACGGUGAACACAUAUUUAAACCAUACGCCAUUCUUAAAAUCUACAUAGAAGCCAUACAUGUUAUCAUCAAUUGGAGCGUCUGUACUUAUACGACCAAACGUUUCAGUAUGAAAUAGUUUGGUACAUAAAGUCAUCUUUAAAUAAAGAUUGUGUAUGUCAUUACAUAAUUAAAUUCAAACUAAGCAUUUGCUCGUUAUGCACUAUAAGGAAAAUUAUGUAAAUGUGUGUGAAACGUUUACAUGUAUACAUGUUGCUCUUCUUUUGGGCACGUUUUCUUUUGCACGUAAAACUGUUAAAGGCUAAUUUUUAUAUUGGUUCAUAUUUACCUACCUAAUUUGAUCGUACAUCGUACAAUUCAAAAUUAAUUGAGCAAAAUUAUUUGUAAAAGACCAGAAAAUACCAAAUUGACAAUACUGUGUGAUAUUUUCUGAAUGAUGUUCAUCCACACACACAUACUGAACGAAACUCCAAGAAAUCAUUAUUUUAUUGGGUCUAUACUUCAUAACUUAUAAAUGAACAGUUUGCUACAAUAUUCGAUUGUUUAAUUACAUCAAUUCAAGUAUAAGCCAUAAACGAUAUUAUUCUACUUCUAGUUUUAAAUCAACAUUCCGAAAAUAAAAUAAAAUUGCGUUCGUCGACCGCGAACAUGCACCCAUACUAUUCGAUAUGCAAUGUUCUACAUCAAUACUUAUCGAUUCACACGGCAAAACAGAUUGUCAUCUCGUUUCCCAGGCAUGCCUCCGAAGGAGGACAUAUAGUGAUCGGACUGUCCGUCCGUCCGUCUGUUCGUCACACUUUGCGUAUAGGUUUCGAAAAAUGCUCAUAACUUCUAUGUCGCUUCAGAUAGCAAUUUUCAUAUUGGGCAUGCAUGUGUAUAUGGACAAGGCCUCCAUACGCACACAAAUUUUGACCCCUGUGACCUUGACCUUGAACUUAGGGUCCGCGUUUAGGUUUCGAAAUCUGCGUUUAGGUUUCGAAAAAAGCUCAUAACUUCUAUCAAGCGUUUAUAUGGGGCAUAAGUCAUCCUAUGAUGACAGCUCUUGUUCUGUGUUUAGUACAGUAAAUGUUCUAUGCAAUUUUCUACAAUAAAUCGAUUCACAAGGUACAUGGGAUUGUCAACUCGUUUCCCAGGCCAGAUCGAUACACACACUUAAAUUAAAUUUCGGAAAACCAAUAUGAAGUGUUUAUUUCAUUUUUUUUCUGCAUUUAUUGCUAAAGUUAAAUAUGCUAAAGCUAUGGAAGCAUACAAGGAAUAAUAAACAUAGACAAAACGUUAUGUAUUUAGCAACCGUGACCAGACAUUUUACUUGUAUUUUUUGUAAAUUCGUUACAUCUAUAAAGUGCUAAUAUGGUAUAUAAACAGUGAAUGCUUAAACUAUAAAAGUUCACUAGGACUGGCGCACCAAGCUUCGAAAUUGAAAGCUUUCCUACUAUUGUUUUCGGAAACACUUGAUUUGAAUCAUUUUACUUUUCGAUAUCUCAGAUCUUAAGAGGUAGACAGUUGUUUCAUGCGCAUGUUUUGAGAAUUUUUGAAGCCCGAAAAUAACAUGUAAAGCUCAUGGAAAUAUUUUCAUGUCAAUACAUUUUUACAGAUUUUCGAAUUAUAUUAAUUAAUACAUAUUAAUUCUAAAUAUAAUAUUCUUCCGAUACUAUAAAUAAGUAUAAGUAUGAUGUUAGAUAAACAAUAAUGUUACAAGGUCAUAUGCCGCUUUUCCGAGCUUAUGGCACUAUCGCCUUUGCGAAUCUAGUCGUGUUGUUUUAAUAUGAAGCACGUACUUAGGCGGUGUCUUCGUCUCGGUAAGCUCCUCACAGUUGUUCUCAUCAUAUUUAAACUUAAAUCAGUGCGAAAAGUAGCCUACUAUAUGCGGUUUCGAUUAACGCAUAUACAUAUAUAACCAUACACAAUUGCUAGGAUACUUUGCUUACCCUUGAUAUUAUAUUUCCCUGUGACCUACUAGUUAUGAUAUCGUUCAGUUUUAAGUUAUUAUUUUGAACAGAAUACACCAUUUACAAAUAUAGUGUACGGACAAUAUUAUAGGGAAUAUACAUUUGACGUUUUGGCUUGUUAUCCCCCGCCAAAGGCGGAGGGAUAUUGUUUUGGCGUUGUCCGUCCAUCCGUCCGUCCGGCACUUUUGUGUCCUGAGCCAUAUCUUGGAAGUGCUUUGGCCGAUUUCAUUGAAACUUGGUAUGAGUAUAUAUAUGGAUAAGACGACGAUGCACGCCAAAUGGCAUUGUACACCAUCCGUUAAUAACGGAGUUACGGCCCUUUGUAUCUUGAAAAAAUGCUUACAUCUGUGACAAAGCUCUAGUUUGGCGGGGGAUAUCAAUUCAACGAAUUUGCUUGUUUUCAAUUGUAUUUAGGUUGUUUACUACACCGACACACAGAGAGAUCUAAGAUGUAUAUACACAGGACUAUAUAAACGCAAAGAUUUCAACAGUGCCUUUUCUACAUCGGCUUCGGCGAGAAUAUGAUGGGUGAUGAUAGCUCUGAAGACGAAGAGCCAGAAGACUAUGCCCCCGAUCCGAGAGAAUAUUAUUCUCACUUCUACCGUGAGAGUGAGAGACUCACAACGUUCCAUGACUGGCCACAAUGGGCAAAUGUAACUAAGGAAGAUUUAGCUAAAAAUGGGUUCAUGUAUUUACACGUAUCAGACCGCGUACAGUGUGUAUUUUGUAGAGCGAGUUUAGGUAGCUUUGGUCCAGGUGAUAUUGUAGCCGAUGAACACAGGAAAUAUUGUCCCGAAUGUCCUUUUGCGUUUGGUUAUGAAUGCGGAAAUAUACCAAUACCAUCUGCAAAUCGAGUUCAGCAACCAACACAAACUGUGCAGUCAUUGAAUGCAAGAAACAGGGCAAGGCCUGUGGCAUCGGGUAACUUUGCACAUUUUUCAAAUAGGGCUGGUCUAGUUCAGCCAAUUUUAACUCCAAGCAGAUCGGCAAAUGCGACUGCUGUGCAACAAUCACAUAGUGUAAUAUCUUUGUCCACCGCUGAUUCAAACCAAGGAGCUGCAGCGGUGAUCACAGAGCCAAAAUAUCGGGACUGGGCGGACGAACAUACGAGAUUGCGGUCUUACAGGGGAUGGCCUGCACAAAUGAGACAAACUCCGAGAGAUCUGGCAGCCGCAGGACUGUUGUACAUGGGUCAGGGUGAUCGUUGCAAAUGCUACUGGUGUGGAGGAGAACUCCAUGGAUGGGAACCAGAUGACGACCCGUGGGUUGAGCAUGCAAAAUGGUUUCCACAGUGCGGCUUUGUGCGACAACAGAAGGGCGUUGAAUAUGUAAAUCACAUCAAAUAUGGAGAGAGAACAAACAUAGAGUCUACUAGCAACCAGGAGUUCUUGAGACGUCCAUAUGUUCUGGCUGCAAUGAAUGACUAUGGCUAUACACAGGAGCAGGUCUUGGAGGCAUUACACACAUAUGGUGUCCUGAUCCUAGUAACCGUGCAGGAUAUUAGAAAAUACGUUGAGGAGUUAAACAGCGAAAGGCAGGCAGCCCAAACGCUAGCAAGAAUCUCUGAACGUUUUGUAAGUUCUAACCGGUCAGACAGUUCAGUUGCAAUGACAGACCGUGGUCAGCAGGUCGCCCAGCCCAGUGAUGACAUGGAGGUGUCCAGUGGUCAGCUGUGCAGUGAAGAUGUAAGGAUUGAAGGCAUGGAAGAAUCGCAAUAUCCUGACAGCCUUACUCAGCAGCAAAUGCAGAACCUCAGUCUAAAUAGCCAUUCUAGUUCUUCUAUCAGUUUGUAAACUAGUAUGUAUUUGUUAUGAAUUCAAUACAACAAUACAUAAAUAAACAUUUUGGACAGGUUGCAUCUUGACCCAUAAAUGCCUAGUGGACUCUCCCAUCCUUAAAAAUUGGAUCAAUUUAUUUCCAAAAUUAAGGAUGUCUAGUAUAUUUAUUUCUAUAUUUAGAAUAUUUCUUACAGAAAUUCCUUUAAGCAAACAGUGCAGACCCUAAUGAGACGCCGCAUAAUGCGGCGUCUCAUUUGGGUCUACGCUGUUUGCCAAGGCCUUUUUUCAAGACGCAAGGCAUAAAUGGGAUAAUGUAAGGGGUUCUUAACAAAUACAUGCCAUUUAAGUAGUUUCCAUCCAAAAUGAUGUUUCCCAUAUUUGAAUUUGCUCUUUUGUCCGUUAUGUUUAAGAUAUAGAUAAUUUUCUUGGACACGAUUUACUAACAAAGUGAGUGAUGUGAAAGAUCUGCUGGGGCAAGAACAUGUGUAUGACAUUCUUUAAUUGUCUUUACCUAAUAGCGUGUGAAGAUUGCGCUUUAAGGCUAAAUACUCACAAUAUCUGCCGAGGAGUUAUUGAAGACCCCGUAAUAGUGCGCUGGUCCGAAUCACACAUAUUUACUAAUUGUCUCUAUCUAUAGGGUCUAGCUAGAUAACUGCUUUUCUAGUGGUUUUGACGGAAAUGAACACUAUGAACAUACUCCUCAUAAGUAAAGAAGAUUUACAUGGCAUCAUGGGAAGAGAGAUAGAGAGAGCGAGCGAGAGAUAAAAUGUAAACAUCGCGGUUUAUCGAAACACAUCUGUAAACCUGGACCAAAACUAAAGCAAGACCUGAAAACAGGUUUAAGAUGCUUAAGGUACACGAUAAUGGAGGAAAAGUGAAUUAUUUAAUUAUACACCAGUAAAAAUUAUAAAGAUGGUGAUUUUGACACGCAUUCUGCAAAAUACGGGGUGUGCAUGUGCAUACAUUUGCCGAAAUGAGAAAUAUUUAAAUAACAUUAAAUUUGUAAUUUUAUAUUAAAUAUUCUUUUGAAAUCUGAUUGCAAUAAAUUAACUACGUUAAUUAUGCGAUAUGUAGUGAAACGCGCAUCUGUGUAUCAAAUACAUAGGAUAUCGAGAUGAUUCAAGCAUUAACGAGGAAUGGUACACUUUCAAUAAUAUCCUUUAAACUUGAACACGUGAGCUCUAUCAUCGUCUCUCGCUGUAUGCAUCAGUGAUCACACAUAAAUAUGUUAUAAUUGUUUGUAUGUGUUGUAAUCCGCUCUCUACGAUGUUUGUCGACUGACCGUUCGAAAGCAUGAACAUUGGGUAAACAACACAUAAGAUUGGCCUAAACAUAAUCGCUUUAAGUUUAAAUUCAUUAAUAUUAGUUGUGAAUCAUAUUUCCUGUAACAUGUAUUAUCUUUUUUUGUUUAAAUGAUAAUUAGAUCACAUAUGGCAAAUGUCAGUACAUACUGUACAACAGUGGAUGCUUUUGAAGAACAGCUAAACUCGUA